AUGCUUGUCGGUGUUGACUUGUACAGCUAUACAAGCGUCACACAUGACUCGUCUAUCACAGGGACACUUCAAAAUCUCGAGGUCAAAGUUCUCACUCGUGAAACUCAACGGCCAGAAGUAAAUGGCUGGGUUCGAAGUGAAACUCACAGACUUAUACCGCCACUGUUGCAGUACUCGGCAUUCACUGGUGCGAUCCAGCCACCACGCCCGAUCGUUUUCCCACUCUCCGCGGAUCACUGCCUUAUCACACUGGUCCAGUACAACGUUGUUCGUGCCUUGCUGCAGAAUAUGUCCCUACUCUCGCUACUACAUCACCUGCCGCCAGGAUGUCGUAGUUCGUUUGGCGUUUCUGAAAUUGAUACUAUAGCGGUGAAACACAUUCCAUCGGAUCUCCAGGCAACGUCCCUGCAGCGGAUGAGAACCCCUCCUUUCUGGAUCAAUGCACUACCUUUCCCAAAGUUACGUUACAACCUGAUACUUAUGGCUGAUAGAUACGACAGCCGUGAGCUUCUUCUUGACUUGGGGCUGAGAGUUUACGAGGGGUUCAAUGACAUAGAACGAUGCGGCUUUCUGGUUUGGGGACAUCCAUGGCUUGCAACUUCCUGGGAAGUGAGCGAAGGGUUUGUGCGACGAUGGGGCUUUUUGUUAAAAGGCUGUCCGGAAGUAGUUGAUUCGGCGGAUCGUUGGAGGCGGUUGCGGGGUGAAGAAAGAUUAGUAGUUGAUGUAUAG